GGCGUCAUUUCAUGUUUACUCGUCAAGCAAGUUGUCGUCGCCUUGUUUUUCUCUGAGGAUUAAAACUAGAAACUUUUUUAUUGACUUGUGCACUUGUGACAUUUAAUGAUGAACUUGCUUUUCUUCUUUCUCCUAGUUGUACAAACACACAGCGUGACGCCUGUGAUUCAUUCACUCAAGUAUUUCACCACUGCAUCCUCUCAAGUUCCAAACUUCCCAGAGUUUGUGGAGGUUGGUUAUGUUGAUGAAGUUGAGAUUAGUUACUAUGACAACAACAUCAGGAAAGCAGAAUCCAAACAGGACUGGAUGAACAAAAUCACAGCAGAGGAUCCAAACUACUGGCAGAUACAAACAGAGAGGAAUGUUGUUAAAGAACAUGACUUCAAAGUCAACAUUGAAAAAGCCAAGAAGCUUUUCAACCAAACUGGAGGUGUUCACACUUUCCAGAUGAUGUCAGGAUGUGAAUGGAAUGAUGAGACUGAUGAGGUUCAAGGUUGGCAUCAGUUCAGUUAUGAUGGAGAAGAUUUCAUAUCGUUGGACAUGAAAACAUGGACAUGGACUGCAGCAAAACAACAAGCUUUCCCCACCAAACUCAAGUGGGACCAAGAAAUACUUUAUCUAGACUACCAGAAGUAUUAUUUCACUAAGGAAUGUCCUUCUUACUUGAAGAAGUAUGUGGAGUAUGGGAAGAAGGUCCUAAUGAGAACAGAGCUUCCGGAGGUGUUCCUCCUCCAGAAGACGCCAUCCUCUCCGGUCAGCUGCAUGGCGACAGGUUUCUACCCCGACCGAGCCGACUUGUUUUGGAGGAAAGACGGCGAGCAGAUCUUCGAGGACGUGGAGCACGGAGAGCUGCUCCCCAACCACGACGGAACCUUCCAGAUGUCGGUGGAGCUGAAAGUGGAGGUGACGGCCGAGGUGGAGGGCAAGUACGAAUGUGUGUUCCAGCUGUCUGGCGUCGAGGAGGACCUGGUCACCAAGCUGGAGAGAAGAAGCAUCCUGAGCAACGCAAGCCAUGAAGGCAACGUGAGCCUCACUGCCACGCUGGCGGUCCUCGCUGUGGUGGUCCUCUUGAUCAUCAUCAUCAUCUUCAUCAUCAAGCGUCGCCGAAGCAGACAAGCCGAAUACGAUGCAGCUGCUGGUGACGCUGGUAACGAGCUCUCAGAGAGACGUGAAGGCUGAAGGCUGAGUGAGACACAGCAGUCGGCACACAGAUUCACCUGCUUUGCUGAGUCAUCUUCUUCCUCCAGGAUGCUUUGUGCACUGGAACACAGAGAGAUGUCUCCAUCGCUGAGGGACCUCAUCACACUUGGACAUUUAUGCACUAAUUGCUCCUCAUCUCAUCCAUCAUGUCUUCUUUGGCUCUUUAUGGCUGAGAAAAUCUGCAUUUUUCAACAAUAUUUUGCCAGUCAAACAUGUUGAUGUUGAUCACUUCCAAGACCAUUUGAUGGCAGCACUGUCUAACUAUUUAUGGUUUAUUGUCAAACUAGAAAGUGGCUUUUUUUCAGGAAGAGGAAUUUGUUAGCUUGCGCCCUACAAAGUGCCAAUACUGUAAGAAUUGUCCUCAUUACACAAAACUGUAAAAUUCUAACAAUAAUCUUAGUUGUAGUUUCCUUUACCAAAUUCCAAGGUGUUGAAAUCGCCAUGUAAAAUUGCCCAUGCUAAUAGUAGCCUGUCUAUGGCUAAUCCUAUGUAAAUUAGCAUUUAAGCUACCGCAUUUUGAAAGAGUGUAGCAUUACUUUACUUUUGAGCGUUUUUUUUAUGAAGCACACUUUGUUGGUGUUGAAAAUGGCAAAAUGACUUAGAGGGAGUUUGGCUGAGUCCGGCCUGAGUGCUGCUUGAGUGAUUGUUUACGUGUUUAGUCUGAAAGCAGACAUGACCAGUCUGAAACCGGACAUGACGUCACAUGCAACAAAGGUAUCCAACUAUGGCACCGUUUGAUUUUACGUGAAUUGAUAGUACCGAGGGAAUUGGGUCAUUACCUACAAAAGCACUGAAUUGGGUAGCCAACCCUACCAGUUAGUGUGACGGAGGGGGACAGUGACACAUUUUUAUGACAAAGCGUUGCAAAAUGUUUAUAUUUAUUGAAAAUAGUUGCUGUUAUUCCGUUCCUUUUUGCAUAGUCAUAUUUUUGCUUGAUUGCCAAACAUGGCGAGGAUGUCAUUUAGGAAGUAAACAAGGUAGGCUGUUCAUAUACUCUUGAUAUUCAGUGUUUUACGUGUACUAUGUUUCAUGUACAUUCUGGCUGUUUUAUUCAGUAAAAACUUGUCAAAUACAA